GAAAACUGGUGCCUUCCAGCAGCCACGCUUCUGGGCGGCCUGGGUUUCCCGGCGCCAUGGCGCCACGACUUCUGGACGGCUGCCGGGGGUUUCCGGGGGACGACUCCGUCGCAGUGACUGUUUCGCCCGACAAUGUGCGCCAGCUCAUUGACACAAACAGGCCCAACUUCGUUCAGAGCGCCCUGCGCUGCCGCGGCCCAGCGCCGUCGACGCCGGCAUCCGACGCGUUCGGCCGCCGUUGCGACGGCGCGGCGGCGAAGGCGCUGCGCUGCGAGCCGGACCUGAGCCGAGGAUCCGAUGAUUUGCUGCCCUACGCCCGCAUCAUGCUGCAGCCUCUGGCAGAUUGCCAGCAUGCUGGCAAGGUGCUGGUGCUCGGUUUGGGAGGCGGCACCAUCCCCACGUUCCUGCAGCACCAAUGCCCCGGGAGCCAGGUCCUGGCGGUGGACAACAACCCCAACGUGGUGACUGCCGCCCGGGACUUCUUCGGCUUCAAGGGCGACGCGGAGGUGAAGGACCUCCACGCCGCACUGGCGGACCUCUCGGAGGAGAAGCCUGGGACCUUCGACGCCAUUGUCACAGAUGUGGGCCACAACAUCCACCUGAACAAAGAGGACCUUCGUCACGGCUUGCGCCUCUUGAAGUCGGAUGGCUUGCUCAUGGAGAACCUCAGCACCCCCUCCUUUGCGGAGAAGCAGCUGGCGCUGUACCGAGACUUCCUACCCUCCGUGGAGGACGUAGUGAGUCAUGGCAACCACAUCCUGCUGGGACGCCGAACUCCUUCCACGCUGGAGCAAUGAUGCGGCAAAAGUGCG